AUGAUGUGUCGUCGUAGCAGCGGCGCCGAGCACCUGCAGCUGCGACUCUUUACCAGGCCAUCGAGACCCCCCCCGAAUCGCGCCGGGGGUGGCGGCGGCGGCGGCGGCGGAUACGGCAGGUCGACAGCGGGGAACAGCCUGGACGACGACGGCGAGGCGCGGGGCUUCGACAAGCGGUACACGACGCGGGCGGACAUUGCAAAGAUGGGGCGCGAUCGGCCGCCGCAGGACCACGAGAUAACGGACCCGUAUGUCAUGGUGAUUGAUGGGGGCGCGCCCGAGGGCCCGCUGGCGCCUCGGUUCGUCAUGAAGAAGCUGCAGCCCGACGAGUCGCUUCGCAUGGUCCAGCCGUACGUGCCGGCCGACGCCGAGGCCGGGCGGUGGCGGGCGCAGCUGGCCGUGUGCAAGAUUGUCAACAAGCGCGACGAGUACGCGCGGCAGCGGCAGCUCAAGGAGCGGCGGCGGGCCGAGGUGGCGACGGGCAAGGGGAAGAGCAAGGAGCUGGAGCUUUCGUGGUCGAUUGGCGAGCACGACCUGGCCAUCAAGCUGCGGCAGAUGGGCAAGUUCCUGGCAAAGGGCAUCAGGGUGGAGGUGGCGGUGGUGCGCAAGAGGGGCGGCAAGAGGGCGACGCCCGAGGAGGCGGCCGCGCUGGUCAAGAGGGUCAGAGAGGAGGCGGCGGAGCAGGGCGGCAGGGAGAAGGGGGAGGCGGCGGGGGAGACGCUCAGGACGAUGAAGCUUGUGUUUGAGGGCAAGGCGAGCUCAUGA